UCCCCGAAUUUGGCAUCCUGCACCAUCCCGGCGAGUUAUCGAGGUAUCACAGAGACGUCCAAAACUAGCCGAGUCGGGCUUACGUACAGCAUGCUUCCGCGUAAUAUCUUAUGCGUCUCGGCACGUUAGCUAUUUCACACAAAUUCGCCGUAGAACUUUUCUCAUACUAUACUCGUACUAUUAUCAUGCAAGACUCGCGUCCUUGCCAUGCCUAUCCCGCGAAUAUUAACGAAGACUACCUAGUUAGCUACUUAUCUUAACAUGAUUCCUGGUGUAACGUUCGGGGCUAUGUGGUGAUAGAGCCGAGAUAUUAACAAGUCCGAGGCCAUGACUUCAUGACGCAGAAAGUUAGUCCAAUAUAUAAAAUGCGAGUCAGUUGCUUACCACGGAUGUUACAUUUUUCAAACGAUGAAUCGCAUUUGUUAGUUAAUGUCAUUGGCUGUACAAUUUGAGAGAUCCUAGCUAGUCAAUAACCAACCCAAGAUAUUGUGUUGACGCCAUGCCUUCGGCUACCACUAAAUCAUCAUUCUACCUCCCCCUUGUGGACAUCACACCAUGGCUGCAAGAUCCCAAUAGUGCCGCGGGUCAACAAGUGAUCGACGAUGUACGAGCAGCCUGCAGGUCGUCUGGGUUCUUCCAGAUGAAGGGUCACGGCAUUUCCCGAGAGCUGCAGCAGGCUGUCUUUGACGCGUCUGCACGAUUCUUCGCGUUACCACCUGAUGAGAAGCUUAAAAUGGACUGCAGGAAAUCAAUUGGUUUCCGUGGCUACGACGUGAUGGCCUCACAGUCCUACGAGCCUACUGACGGGUCUCAAAUACUCCGAGACCACAAGGAGGGCUUCUUCGCCUCAGCCGACCUUCCCUUGGACCACCCACGCGUGGUAAACGAACGAUUCCUCCAAGGCCCUAACGUGUGGCCACCCGCCGAGCUUCUCCCCUACAAAGAUUUCAGAGACAUCGUUGAACGUUACUACGGUGAAAUGAUGCAUCUGGCCCACUUAGUGCUAGACUUAGUGGCUGCUACGCUACCCUACGGGCCGCAUGUGUUUGACGAGCUUAAGGGGAACGACCCCAUGUGGUUAUUCCGACUACUACAUUACCCACAAACGCCUGUGAGAGAAGGGGGUGGGAAGAUGCAACUAGGCGCGGGCGAGCACACCGAUUUUGGUGCCGUUACCUUGCUGGCUACUGACGAACACCCCGGCCUUGAAGUUCAGGACCACGAGACAGGUGAGUGGGUUAGGGUUCCGCCUAAUGACGGCGUGUACAUUGUGAACCUUGGUGAUGUCAUGUCAAAAAUCACGGAGGGGGAAUAUAGGAGCAGUGUUCAUCGGGUCUGGAACAAGAGCAGCGAUGAUCGAUACAGCAUCGUGUUCUUCUUCGACGGCAACCUGGAUUUCAAGUUGCGGCCGCUGAGUAAGCUUGGACAGCCCGAAAAAGGGGAGGAGAGGUGGCUUACCGUCGAGGAGCACGUCAAAGCGCGCUUGACAGGUAGUUAUGGUACUAAGAAAUGAGAGAUAAUGCGAUAUGAGCUGGCCAUAGAGGGGAGGUUGGGGAUGGGAAAUAGAUGGGGUACUGUAUUGUGCAUUCA